AUGACGCCACUGUGCCACGACCUCGAAGAGUCUUGGGAUGACGAAAUCGAUUUGGCUCCACCUGGCUAUGUGUCUCUCGCCUCUGAUGGUCCAGUGAAUGGCCUGCUGAUGGAGUACUGUAACUUCUGUGCGAAUCCAAAGACCAGAACCAUCGUUGACUGCCGAAAGUGCAAGCAGGUCUACGUGGAUAUCAAUCCACAUGAGAUGAAAUGCAUUGAUGAUCAGAAGGAAGAAUUCCAGGUGAUUUUGAUGGUGAAGUUCUGGUGGUUGGAUCCUGAUCUGAAGAAUCUCCUCUGCCGUGUACGACUGGAUGACCAGCACGGGGAGCUGAUUGGGACGUUGCAGCAGCUGACGAGCAACGGAGAUCUGCAGCUGAGGUCCAAGGAUGGGCGAGUUUGGACAUUGCUGCGAGGUGACUACCAAAGCAAGAUCAUUGAAGGACCCGAGAUGCAGAAGCGUUUCUUUCCACACUUCACCCUUGGCAACAUCCAAGGAGAAGCAACGGAACUCCUUCAGCGCUAUGACUUUCUGUGGAGCCAUGAAGAGAUUGGUACCUUCGUCUCCUGGGAGCAGAAGAUCGAUGCCAUCUUUGCUGAGAGUUUGGAGCUUCAGAACUUCCCCCUGGAUCGACAGUUGUGUCGGGUGAAGCUCAUUGCGGAAAAACCCAUUGAGGAGUUUCAGUUCGUGAUGAUGAAGAAAGACUACCCGUCCCGAUUUAGCCGCGUCUGUGACACUUUCGAUGUGGAUCUGGGGAUGCAGCAGCUCUGCACGGCCUACGUGCGCUACAGCGACCUGGAAGUGCCCUUUCGGACGCAACGCUCCAUGGUGAAGGUGAUCUUCCACUUGGAUCGGAAAGGCGAUUAUUACUUCAACAAUAUUCUGAUGAUGGUCUUUUUGGUGAACGUCAUGGCAUUAUGCGCCUUUGGGGUACCUCUGAAGGAUGCUGGUGGUCGCUUGGGACUGGUGAGUUCCUGCUUCCUGGCAGUUCUGGCAUAUCGCUACAUCAUCAACGAGAUCCUACCGAAGAAGGCAUAUCUCACCGCUGCUGACAAAUACAUCACCUUUGCCUGCAUGUUCCUGAUCCUGAUCUGCGUCCAGACCGUCACCUUUGCGCACGCGGCCCUCGACGCCUACGAUGCCAUUGCCGGAAUGGUGCUGAGCCUGGGAUGGGUGGCCAUCAAUGGGUAUCUCUGGCGCCUUUGGAAAUUCUCCAGACGGCAAGAGUGGAGCUCAGUCUAUGAGCAGAAUCAAGAGCCUUACGCUCCAGUCGAGGAAUGCACAGCUUGCGAUCGUCGAUGGCUCUCCAAACAGUGCCUCCACAGCAUGGAGACGCAGAACUGUCCACAGUGUCACGACAAGUCUUCGGUGCUCAAGAGCUACUGGACCCCCAAAGAUCUUCCGCCUUUGGUUCCGCCGCAAGCAUUGCCAGAAGGACCGAAGAUUUUCAGGGCGAAUCAGGGUGCAACCACCAAUGGAUAUGGAACCUGGAGCUGACAGUUGGCUGAAGGGAUUCCAUUUGCAGAUGGAAGGAUGUGAAAAACCUGGGAUUUUCGUAGAACCCAAGCGAGGAUUGCAAAAGUGCGUCCCGCGUUGAAUCAGUGAAUUCGGAUUCUGCAACUGCAUAGCUGGCAUAACUCACUUGUGCCUCCUAAGCUGGAGGGGGUGAGUCUUGUGUUUCAAGGAAUUCAAUGCUUUAUUUUGGUGUGUCUCAAGAGCGAGG